AAACCUGGUCUAGAACAGGUUAUGAUGAGAGCAUGAGUUGCUAUGGCAACUUGACAUACCCUGGAACAUACCGCUGUUUUUGGUACUGAAAGCUGAGGUUAUCUGCUUCCUUACCAUCAAACUUAUCGAGCUACCUCACAUAACCUGCUUUCUGGAAUACAGGUGUAAAGUAAUCCUGUUUACUGUCAUCAGAUUGCAAAGAUUGAAACUAUUUUCACGCUGCUUUCAGGAAGUCACCACAUGUAAAAAAGGUGAAAAUGAAACUGAUCUCAUAUUUCUGUGUCUGCUCUAUCACUGUACAGACAUGGAAACGAUUCAGCCAAUUCUUAAAUUUGCCAGCAAACAAACCAACUUUGGAUAUGGAUUGCUUGCUCUGAUAACGGCGUGUGGAGAGCAGAUCUUCUCAUCGGUAGCCUUCAAAUGUCCCUGCAAUGAGCUGAAUUUUAUCUACGGCUUAGUCUUUCUGUUGGUGCCAGCCCUGGCAUUGCUGCUGCUUGGCGUCAUGCUCAGCAAUAACACUUGGAAACUGACAACAGGGUUUUGCCAUCGCAACCCAAAGCUAUGUAAGUGGAGGAAUCUGAAGAGCAUGGGAGUGACUGUCAUCAAAAUCAGUGUUUAUGCACUGGUGGCGCCGUCUACUUGGAUUGCUGUGGCUCUGCUGCGUGGCAGCUAUUAUGAGUGUGCCAUGACGGGGGCCAACUCCACCAGGUACAGAAAGAAUGUUUGCAGGGGGGUGAACUCUGAAGCCGAAUGCCUUACAAAGCUGCAAAUGUUUCCUUGUAAAAGUGCUGGAAAUGAAAGCGAGGAAGUUCUGCUAACACUCAGAGCUCAUUCUCAGAUUCUGGGCUGGCUGGUCAUCGCCUCCAUCAUGAUGUCCAGCCUGUUGGGGAUUUGUGUGACUCGCUGCUUCUCCCCCAUCAGCUACCUGCAGCUAAAGUUUUGGAACGAUUAUGUUGAGGAGGAGGAACACCUCAUGGAUGACUACUCAAGUAAACAUGCCAAAGAGCUUGCAGAAAGGAACCUGAAGAUCUUCUUUAAGAUCCAAGACCCCGCCGAGACCCCGACCCCGCCCUCGACGAGACGCCCGCCGGCAAACAUUGUCACCCCCAGCACAGAGGAUUGGAAGAAGAUUACCUUGCUCAAUAAGUCCAGCCCCAAAGACCAGAUCUACAGCACUCUGCAUCGAUAUGUGGAAAAAACGCGGGAGGAGAAAGGGUCCGAUAAGACGCCUUUAUUGAGGUCAAAUGAGUCUGCUGAAAAACCUCCAGGUGUGGAUGGAGGAACAGUGUCUACAUGAGGAUGAACCGGCUGAACCCAAGGACGUGACUUCAGGUCCGGUGCUCUUGGGAUCUUCAAGAAUGAUGUCCACGGGUUCGGUCAAGUUAGGCUUUAAAGUCUGAAUAGUAGUGGAAAAAAACUAUCGUCUUUGAUUUGUGGUUGCUAUGGCCUUUUCUGUCCAUUGUUUUUAUCUGCCUGUAUCAUUUGCUAAAGGGAUGUACUAAGCCAGUGGUUCUCAAUGCCUGGUCUGCAGAACAGUACUGGUCCAUGGCUACCUUGGUACCAGGCUGCGGGGAUAAAAUAUAUAACAGAAACUUUUUCAAUAAUAACUGGUUCAGAGGGGUUUUAUUUUGUAAACUUACCAGAUUCUCACAAGACAUUCACCUCAGUCACAUGUCUUCAAUACAUCAAUAUUUCUCAAAGAGGCUGCUCCAAGCUAGCAAAGGUAAGAAAAAAAACAAAGCUCUUUAAAUAAUUUCUGUGUGGAGAAAAGAGUUAGAUUGGAAGAAAAGAAACCCCCAGAUUUCAGAGAAAAAGAAAUCUGCAUUUAACCCUUCAGCGCAGUGUCUUGUGGGGUCAAGAUGACCCAACUCCCAAUGUUAAGGUGCCUAGAUUGGGCACAAGGGUUAACAGACAAGAGCAGAAGUCUUUCCUUGAAAUAAGGAUUUACUGGAACAGCUGUUCCCACGUCCAGAGUCUGCUCUGCAUAAUAUAUGGCAACAGACUCUUCUAUUAUGAGGAUGCUGCUAUUAAAGUCACUUUUGCAGUAGAUUCAAGUUUAUUACAUACACUGGAACUAGAAAGUACCAGUUAUUGUGACAGUUUGAUCUUUUUAUUUGGUUGUAUUUAGAAAGUUGAAACCCACUGCAGAUAGUUUUUACACAGGAUGAAGAUUAAUCCUUUAAGGAAUGAACACAGAUCAGAAAGAACUUUUACAAAUCAGACACUUGGCUAUAUUGAAUCCUCACUUUCUGUAAAUUAUUCAUGAUUAUUCAUGAUUAUUCUGUAAAUUAUUCACCAGAGGGAAAACCAUUUUGUUAAGGAAAAAUAUAUUUUCUGGGAACAUUUAGACGCCAGCAUCAGCCAUGAAAAUCUUGUCUGACAUGGAAUCAGUCUGUAACUUCAAAACAAUUGGAGACCACUGAUCUAAGAAACCCCAGAAUGCUGUUUCCAUAUGUAAUGCUGUUGUAACACAUUUAUAGUUUUGCCAAUAAAAGCCAUAUUCAGAAGGCUGCAUAGUGGUCUAGUGGUCAGCA